AUAUUUUUUUGGAAUAAUUGUUCUAUUUUCUUCCUUAAUCGACUAACACUUAGAGAAAAUAAACCCCAGAAAAAAUCUCCAUUGAUAUUGUCAUAGAAAUAUAAGUUUUCAAUGAAAUUUGGUAAAGAGUUCAAGACCCAUCUAGAGGAGACUUUACCUGAGUGGAGGGACAAAUUCCUAUGUUACAAACCCCUCAAGAAACUCCUCAAAAACAUCCCUUCAACCCCAUCGCUUGAUCCCCAUCAUCAACGGCCUGUAUUUCCUGACGCCACCAACACUGCUGUUACUCCCGUCGGUCAUGAUCAUCAACACCCUCCGCUUGAUUUGCAAGAUUGGUUUGUUAGAAUUCUGAAUGAAGAGCUUGAAAAAUUCAAUGAUUUUUAUGUUGAUAAAGAAGAAGAGUUCGUUAUUCGCUUUCAGGAGCUGAAGGAAAGAAUUGAACAAAUUAAGGAGAGUAGUGGGAAGGGUGGAGUUUUUGCAUCAGAGAGUGAGUUUAGUGAAGAAAUGAUGGAUAUCCGCAAGGAUCUUGUCACCAUUCAUGGGGAGAUGGUGCUUCUAAAAAAUUACAGUGCCCUCAAUUUUGCAGGAAUUGUUAAAAUUUUAAAGAAGUAUGAUAAACGAACCGGGGGAUUGUUGCGACUGCAAUUCACUCAGCUUGUUCUUCACCAACCUUUCUUCACAACAGAAUCUCUUACAAGGCUAGUUCAUGAGUGUGAGGCAAAUCUCGAGCUUCUCUUUCCACUGGAAGCUGAAGUAAUUGAAUCUACUCCACAAGGAGAACCAAACCCAUCAUCAAAUAACACUGCAAAGCGCUCACAGGAAGCUUCAUCGUCGAAUCUGGGAGAGGAAACAUUGGAUAUUUACCGUAGCACACUGGCUGCAAUGAAAGCAAUACGCGGUCUUCAAAAGGCAAGUUCCACCUGUAAUCCAUUAUCGUUCUCGGCUUUCCUUAAGAACCAGGAUGAUGACAGUGGUGCUGUAACAGCUGAAAACUCUGCUUCAAAUUCUUCACCCACUUUGCAAAAAGGUAAGGAGUCUGAUAAAGAGGAUGCACAAUCUGCGCAACAACGAUAGGUUUUCGAUUUUCCCGGAUACUUUUUAUCUUUGACUUCUUCUUUGAACAACUGACAAAUUAAUAAUGUGUUUGAAGCUGUGUUUUGCAAUCUGUUUCGUAGUAUGUUAGCUGGGUUUGAGAUUGUAACUUCACCGGUAUCUAUUGAUUUUGAAUGUUUUACCCUUUUUCCUGGUAUAAUUACUAACUUUGAGCCUA